AAAGUCAGCCCCACCCUCUAUAAGGGCGUGCAUGGAAGGUGUGACUAGUCUAACAAAUGGAGGCAUUUACACCAGAAAAUGUGGCCGGAGGGGCAGAGUCUCCUUCAGCUGUAAAGCUAGCAGAGGCGGCUAGGCUCAAAGACAAAGGUGCUGCUCAUUUUAAGGAAGGAGAAUGGAAAGAAGCAGCUAAAUGUUAUCACCAUGGCUUGAUGUACACUAAAGGUGUACUCAGUUACCAGCUCCUUGAUCCAAUGAUGGGAAUGCUAGCUUCUAAUAUAAGCACUGUACAACAAGUUCCACCAACUGAGGAUGAGAAAAAAGAUGCAACAGCAUUGAACAUUAUAUUAUUAAACAACAUUGCAGUUUGCAUGUUAAAGCUCAAGAAAUGGAAUAAUGUCAUCAAGCAUUGCUCUGAAGUAUUAGUUCAUGACCAGACUAACACCAAAGCACUGUAUAGAAGAGGCGUGGCUUAUAUGGAGACUGGACAAUUAGAUGAAAGUGAAAGUGACCUGAAAACUGCACUGCAGCUUGAUCCAACUGACGCUGGGAUUAAGAAACAGUUGGCUGAAUUGCAAGAAAGGCUAAAAAUUUACUGGAAGAAUGAACAGCAGAAAUACCAGGGUUUAUUUGAAAAAUAGUUUUAUUAAUAAUUUUAUGUAUAAUUAAUGAUAACUAAUCAAUGAUACCGGAGCCACACCCAAACAAAAUGUCUUUGCUGCUCUUCCCUGCGUGCAGUGUUCUUGUGCUGAUACUUGCAAUUUCAGGAAGAGGCCAUGCUCUAAAUUGCUCUUGUAAAAACCAGACGUGUCCAGAUGUAUCUACCUGUCCUUACGGCCUAGUUGAAGACUUCCCUUGCUUUUGCUGUGAUGCGGUCUGCGGCCAAGGUCCAUGGGAGGUAUGCGGGGGAUCUUUGGGGAUUUGUGUCCAGGGAUAUUAUUGUGGAGGGCUGGCAAGAAGUAGUGCAUCAGUUUCUAAAUACAUGUUUUUGAAUAAAAAUACUCACUGUCUAAAAGGCACACAAGUGGAGCAGUAUUUAGCACAGCCAUCGCCACCAAUCCAGCCUUCACCAACACCAACAAUACCAGUCAAGUGCCGUGCUUCAUGCAAUCUUGAAUUCUGCAAUGAAGGAGCCGAAUAUCAGUCAAACAAAUUCUGUUCUGCUAAUGAAACUGCUUUUGAGAGAAUCCCUGAAAGGGAGCCUUGUCAGCAUACAACAUGUGAAGCAUGUCGAUUUAAAGUGAGUCCUGAGUGUCCUCCUUGUCCAGUUCCUGUGAAAAAGAGAUGCCUGCGUCACUUUGAAAUGUGCUUGAAGGAACACUAUGCAAGAGAUGACAUUAUUUUGGAAUUAACGGAUCCAAGAGCUUUGAAUUCCACCGGAACUAUUAUCUGUCAUGUUUCCAAUGUUAGAGAAGGUGAAGAUGAAACCAGGAAUGAAUGAGGAAAAUGGGAGGUGGCUAACUGAUCAAUAUUACUUUGUUUAUCUCAUUUAGUCUCUUAGUAUUUUAGUAAAUGUUAUUUUUCUAUCUAAUGCUGAUUUGAUUAUUCAUGAUCUGAUUAAUUAAUUUUAUAACUUUCAAUAAACCAAAGAACCUAAGAUGGUGCAUUUGUUGAUAAUCUUCUUUGCAGCUCUCCCUCAUAUUGGAGCAUCCACUCCCUUUCUAGUUGAGAAAUGGGCUGGUUGUGAGUUUCUUCCAGCUUGCAAUAGAUCCCUUUGUCCACCUCUCAAUGCUCCAGACUGUGAGUUUGGCAGUAGCCUGGAUUUAUGCAACUGCUGUCAUGUCUGCUAUCUGGCUCCAGGAGAUCUUUGUAUCGAUGCUACAAGGAGUGCGAAGGAUUCUAAUCUACGAAAAGAUUCUACCACUAUUGCUGCUGGUACAUCUCUGUCUAAAUGUAGUCCAGGCACUGUCUGCUCAGUCAGCAGUGACAAUCACCUGUUCACUUGUAGAUACAGAACUUACAGAAGUGACUUCAUACAACCCUCAAGAGCUUAUACUGACAAUGAACAGACUCCAAAUCCUUAUUUCUUGCCUCAUAAGUACAAGCGACAUGCAGACCUUACACAAUCACCUUCAGAAAGCCUGACUCAUUCAGAAGACCUUGCUCCUUCUCCUUCAUCUACUCCAGUGACUGGAGGAGGAAUGCAAAUCUGUCAUUCGUGUGAUGGUGUUGAGUGCAAAUAUGCUGAGCCAGUCUCUGAAGAAGACUGUGAGUUUGGGCUAGUACCACAAGGUACCCCAUCCUGUUGUUCACAGUACGAGUGUGCUAAGGGUCCUUAUGAAACCUGUGGGGGCUUAUGGGGAGAAGAAGGUAUUUGCUCUCAGGGCCAUGAAUGCUUUGUUUGGUUUCCGUAUGGUCUGUCAUAUGAUCACUUCAUUACUAAGCCUGGACGUUGUUUAUCAGUUAAUCAGGUAAAUCAAGCAAGUAACUUGAGUGCUUUAGAUUCUUGGACUUUUUCGGCCUUCAAGCCGUUCAAGGAAUUUCAUACAGCCCAUAAACCACUGAAGUGCAAGCCUUUGUGUAGCCUUCAGUUCUGUAAAGAUGGAAGGAACAAAUACUGCUCAGCAAGAGGGUCUAUAGCUUUAAAUAUAGUGGAAGAAAGGGGUCCAUGCCAACACACAACUUGCUUGGCAUGUCAUUUCUGGGUUACUCCUUCACCGUGUCCCUCUUGUCCUUCCCCAGUCACUAGACGAUGCAUGGGGAAAUAUUUUCGCUGCAUUCAUAAGUUUUAUCUUAAAAAUGAUGUUAUUAUGAAUUUAACUGAUCCCAGGGUUUACAAUACUAACGGCCGUAUAUAUUGUGAUGUGCCGGAACUAACUGUGGUAAUGUAAAAGCUGUACUGAGGAAAGGACUGAUGCUAUAAAGUCUCAUUUAUAAUUUGACAAUAAUGAUUAAAACCAUGUUAAACAUAUAUUGCGGUCUUUUGACCACGCCCAAUCACGCUAAUAAUUAAUAACGGCUCUCGUGCAACCGCUCUAGCCAUUUUCUUCUCUUUUUGAUCUGUUUUGACUCAGCAAAUAUGAAUCUUGCGAAAUACUUUUUGUUGAAAGCUACAAUAGUCAUCUUAUUCUCAUCAGCAGCUAAUUCCCUCGGCUGUCCUUGCAACCCAGCAUUCUGCCAGCCCCCACAAGGCUGCCAAUAUGGUGAGGUCCCUGAUGUGUGUGCUUGCUGCAUGGAGUGUGCUAAAGGACCAGGGGAAACAUGCGGUGGAACAUGGGGCGAGCUGGGAACUUGUGGCAAUGGAACUCAGUGUAUGGUGACUGUCCCGUUUGGAUCAAGCUAUAGCACUUAUAAAUAUACUCCAGGAACAUGUGUUUCAACAGAACCAGAUGAAGUUACAGCUUGCAGCCCUCAGCCUAGUCCAUCUGCUUCAGACGAAAUGUUAUCUCCAUCUCCAUCUCUGGUCUCCACUACUCCAACUCCAACUCCGAAAAUCAAAAAGAAAGACAGGUGUCGUGUUAACUGCAGUGUUUCGUUCUGCCAUGAUGGAAAAAACAAAUUCUGUUCCGCAAUAAUAUCUGGAGUUGAUCUUGUUGAUGGGAGGCAUCCUUGCCAGCACACAACAUGCAGAGCCUGUCAUUUAAUUGUUACUCCUUCUUGUCCAAAAUGCCCCGAACCAGUCAACAAGCGUUGCUUGCGUCAUUAUUUCCUUUGCAUUGAGCAGCACUUCCAGAGAAACGACACCAUUUUGGCACUUCAUGAUCCUAAGGCAAUGACUGCAGUUGGAAAAAUUAAUUGUUACAUUCCUGAACUUCUUCAGCCGAUUGAUGAGAAUGAAAGUGGAGAUUCAUCGUCCAGUUAAAUGGUUCUCUUUCUCCACCUCCUCUCCCUCUCUCUUGCAAAUCUAUUGACAAAAUAAUAUUGGUAUUUCUUUUUAACUAUUUCCCUUUCUUACUUGUACAUGCAUGUGCCUCUUUCUUGCUCUUUUUUGAUUUCUACAAUCACUUAUAUCACUGAAUCAUCAAACAAAUGAACAUGUCCACAUUUUUUUGUUAUUAAUUAUGAUAGAUCUAUCCCGUUUAAUUCUGAAAUUACAGUACAGCUUACUCUUGCUCA